GCGAGUACGUUCAUCGUUCGAGUGCUAUUGGAAACAUCCGAUCGUCGAAUUGCAUUGACAAAAAACAUCAUCCAAUAUGUUACAACGUCAAAGAAAUGCAUCUGCCACGGCUGAGGUGUUGGAUAUUCCCCCUGAAAAUGCCGCUUUGGAAGUUUCUCAAAGUGAAAUUAAUGUAAUCAACGGUAUAGACCUAUCAGCUGCAAGAUAUGUUAUACAAGCUAAGAAGGAACGCAAUUUAAAUGUACGUGAUGAGAUUUUUGACCGUAUUAUAGAUCUUUACUCAAUGGCGGACAAAAUACAUAUGAAUCACAUGAAUCAUUUACUAGGCAGGGCCUAUAUAAGCUUAUUAGAAAAUAACACUUUGGCAGAUGCUAAUCGAAUAUUUACUUCAACAAUUAAACAUUCAUUGAAUCAUAUAUCACCUGCACUGUCUAGUGAUCUUAACGAAGCUGCUUGCAGACGAUUUAUUACACAGGAUCAAAAAUUAUUGCGUUCCGAAUUUCGCAAACAUGCGGAUUCUGCAAAUAUUCGAUUACAAAUAGCACACUGUUAUUUGAAACUAGGCAAAUUAAAACAAGCACGAUUAAUGUUUGAACUAGUUUUAAAAUCAAAUUCGAUGCAUGUCGAUGCAUUAGUUGGUCUUGCAAUUACGAAAUUAACCGAAAACGAAUCAUUACCAUUUGCUAAUGAGUUAUGUGUACAAUUUUCAAAAGAAUGUAGCAUUUAUACUAUCAAAACGGAAACUCUCAAUACGAUUGCUUUCGAUUAUUUUACUAAAGAAAACUAUGCUACAUCUGAAAGAUAUGCUGAAUUUGUCAUACGGAGAUCAAGUGAUUUUUAUCAAUUAACUAAAAGUUAUAACCUACUUGGUAAAAUCGCUGAAAACAAGGGUAAUGUUCAACAAGCAUUUCAUUAUUAUAAUCAAGCAGUUUUUUUCGCACGUCUUAUGUAAAAUAUUUGUAUUGUGGUAUUGAUAAAAUAUGUCUUAUAAAAUCUGACAAGGAGAAAGUUCAAGAAAGCUUCGAAAAAAAUUUUCAAGUGAAUCCGAGCUUUAUGAAGACUAAAAAAUCCUUUGUCUAUUGUACUAAAUAAGUUGGCAGACGAUUCAGAAGCUUGGAUGCAAUGAAGUUUGAUAGCUUUAGAUUCAAGUUUAAAAACGCUAACUCCGAUUUAUGAUAAAAUCAUGAGUUCAAUAAGCCUCGGUAAAGAAACCAAACGUUCAAUUGGAAUUCGUCUCGCCAUCGCUGGCCUAUACGAAAAGUUUGGAAAAUAUGAUGAAUGUCAUUCUACAUUAGAAAUGUGUAUGAAAUUGGCAAAGGAAAAAUAUUCAAAUUACUCAAAUGAAUACUUUAUGAAAAUAAGUUUUGAGGUUCACUUUUAUUUAGCCGAAUCCUAUGAAUAUCUUGAGCAGUUUUGAGAAAUUUACAAAGAAUUAAUCAACA